AUGGAAGGAAGCUGUUUCCACAGGGAGGGAUUUCCUUUCUACCUUGUUCUCAGUCUUCUGCUUCAAGGAAGGAGUAGUACUUUCACCAUCAAUUGCUCAGGGUUUGGCCAGCAUGGGGUGGGUACCACUGUCCUGGGUUCAGCGUUUGACAGAAAGGCCUUCCGUCCAGCCACCAACCCCAGGGUCCCCACCCAAGUCAACAUCUCCUUUACGAUGUCUGCCAUCCUAGAUGUGGAUGAACAACUACAGCUCUUGUCAUCAUUCCUGUGGCUGAACAUGGUCUGGGAUAACCCAUUUAUCAGCUGGAACCCAGAGGAGUGUAAGGGCAUCACCAAGAUCAGUAUGGCAAGCGAGAACCUGUGGCUCCCAGAUAUUUUCAUCGUUGAGUUCAUGGAUGUGGAUAAGACCCCACAUGGCCUCACAGCAUAUGUAAGUAAUAAUGGUCGCAUCAGGUAUAAGAAACCCAUGAAGGUGACCAGCAUCUGUAGCCUGGACAUUUUCUACUUCCCUUUUGACCAGCAGAACUGCACACUCACCUUCAGGUCAUUCCUCUACACAGUGGAUAACAUGUUGCUGGGCAUGGAGAAAGAAGUGUGGGAGAUAGCAAAUACAUCCCGACACAUUGUUCAGACCCAUGGAGAGUGGGAGCUCCUGGGCAUCAACAAGGCCUCCCCAAAGAUGUCUGUGGGAGCCAACCUGUAUGAUCAGAUCAUGUUCUAUGUGGCCAUCAGGCGCAGGCCCAGCCUCUACAUCAUAAACCUCCUGGUGCCCAGCGGCUUUCUCAUAGCGAUUGACGCCCUCAGCUUCUACCUGCCAGCAGAAAGUGGGAACCGGGCCCCAUUCAAGAUCACCCUUCUGCUGGGCUACAAUGUCUUCCUGCUCAUGAUGAACGACUUACUCCCCACCAAUGGCACUCCCCUCAUCAGUGCCUACUUUGCCCUGUGCCUGUCGCUGAUGGUGCUCAGCCUGCUGGAGACCGUCUUCAUCACCUACCUGCUGCACCUGGCCACCACCCAGCCCCCACCCAUGCCCCGGUGGCUCCACUCUCUGCUGCUGCUCUGCACCUGCCCACGGAAAUGCUGCCCCACUGCGCCCCACAGGGGGGAUCAGGGGCUGGGCCUCACCCCUGCCCAGCUGCCUGGCCUGAAGGAGCCAGUAGAGUUGGUGGGGAAGGCGCCAGGCCCCAGAGAGGCAGUGCUGACUGGGGUCUCAGGAGGGACAGGGGCCCAGCAGGAGCAGGAGGCCCAGAAGCAGCGCCGGGUGGAGCUGUGGGUGAAGUUCAGCCACAUGAUGGACACCCUGCUCUUCCGCCUCUACCUGCUCUUCAUGGCCUCCUCCAUCCUCACGGUCAUCGGCCUCUGGAACACCCAAGCAUGA